UCUACUGUAUAUAAAACACUGUCUCCUCCAGGGCCAGCAGAGAGAAAUGUCUUGAAAACAAUCAAUCACAUCCAAUUGACCACAGCAAUCUUCAGUGUACUUCCACCACUAUCAUUACUGCUACUCCAGUUACCACUAUUACUGCUGAAUAUAAGAGGAAACUUUAAUGAUUCCUGAGGGAAAUUGGGGAUUUCAAUCAAACAUGUGCAAAACCCAAGAGUGACAUCAUUGAUUUAGCUCAUUUUUAGGGACCACACAAGCUAUAAGACAAAAGAAGGUUUCUCAAGUGACAAAAACUGCUUUUAUCAGUAUAUGACAAUUACUCAGUCAUGUUGUGUCAUCUUCUGGCCCCUUUUACCUCCCUACACAGAAUAAAUGCAGUAUUGUGUGUUGUAUGUUACAUUUAUAUUUCACAUAGUCAAAUAUUUUUGCUUAUCUUCUUGAGCUGGUGAGAGCUGAUAUUUAUAUGGACAAUGAUGAACUCAUUUGUGGUUUACAACAGCAGAUAAGACAGCUCAUUUUAACAGUAAGCAUAUUAUGAGGAUUCAAGUCCAAACAUAGACAAGACUAGUAUUGAUUUCCUUCCUGAUUUUCAAAAAAGGGAAGUUAAACAUUCAGUGAAUGAUACUGUCCUGCAGUGUGUGUGGGGGGAGAAAUUCAUCUUAUCCUCAUUUCAGGACAGUUAUACAAUAGCCUACACACAUGCGUGGUCUUUGUUAUUUUUUCCUCUCAAUCCUGACCCAAGUGUCUUCCAGCACCUUGAAAGUCAUUGGGCACAAUGUCACUUUGCCCUGCAAGUAUGACACCCAAUCUCAGAGUGUCUUGAGUUUCUGUUGGGGACAAGAGACGGUGCCCAUGUCCAAAUGCUCCAACACCAUCCUCUCCUCCGAGGAUGGGGCUGUACAAUUCAGGCAGUCCCCCAGGUACCAGCUGCUGGGCAGGGGGACAGACGGAGACAUGUCCUUGACCAUCCUGAACGCUCAGUGGAGUGGUGCUGGUGUGUACGGCUGCAGGGUUGAGAUCCCUGGGUGGUUCAAUGACUAUAAGGUCAACACAUACCUUGUCAUGGAGGAAGGUAAUGCUCAUGAAAAUCAUCCAGGGGGGAUCAUGAACUUACUCCAUCUUAAGGUAUUUUGUUUAUUCCAGCUCCCGUGGAACAACAUGUUACCGAUGCUUGGACACUUACUACUGGUGGGACACAAGGAAGAAUUCAAAGCCUUCCUGGAAGUGGGGAACAUUGGCAGGAUAGUAGCUAUUUUCUUCCUCACCAUCAUCAUAAUCCUCGUCUUAUUUAUGCAGAGAGGAUUUCUGCCGAGGAAGACACUUCAACAUCUCAACACCUCAGCUGCUGAGAACAUUUAUGAAAGCGUCCCGAUGCCUGAGUGAUGGUCAACGUUGCGAGAACAAAGGAGUUUGCAGAUUUCUAUAGGCAACUGCUUGCUGAACUUGUCAUGUGUUGACUCUAUUCACCUUUAGAACGCUUGUCUAUUGUUUAGUAGAAAAUGACCUAUGUCCCUAGUUAAUCAGAUUACAGCAUUGAAAAAAAGUUUCAUACACCCUGCAGAUUAAUUGAUUGGCUUUUAUUUUCUCCCAGUCUGUUUUUCAUGGAAAAACUGAUGUCACAGACCUUAAAAGCUUGCGGAUGGUUCAGACUUGUGGACACAAUGCCACCUACUGGAUUUAAUACAUUAUUACUGGACUUCUAAUUCAAAGUAGAGAAUAGGUUUGGUUGGUUAACAGUUUGGCUGGGCAAGCUGAGAUAGAAAUGGAGGACAGUGUGGGAGAAAUGUCAAUUCAUACUGGGGUCAAGUCAAUUUUAUUUAUAUAGCACAAUAUGACAAAUCACAGUUUGCCUCAAGGGACUUUACCUGACUA